AUGAACAAUGAUGUGCAGCUCUUCGCCAACCCCGAGGAUCGAUCUCACUGCAACGGUGCCCAGGAGGGCGUGGUGGCGCCACACGACUCCGCGAAGGCGGAACUUGCCUUCAACCUACCCAAGUACUAUCCGGAGGAUCACGAACUCACCAAGUGGAUGAUUAAUCAAAUGCGUCGGCGUAAUGGACUGCACCAUCUGGUUAAUUUCGCUAACGCUCAUCCCUUCAUCCUCUCGGCACACUUCGAAGUACUCGACCAGCCUGAUAAGUAUGUCAGCACAAAGGAGGUUUCUUGUUUUUCCGCUUAUUCGGCAAAAACUGUGCUGUUUUUGACGCCCCUUGCUAUGGCAAUAUACUUUGGAUGUAAAUCAGUCAUUAGGAUUUUGUUGGAUGACAGUGGAGCUCGUCUGCAGUCUCGUGCACGUAGCAACGUGGAUAUAAACGCUACUUGCUAUGCCAAAAGAUUUAAGCCAAAGCGUGACGUCUUUGGAUUUGAGGAUUAUUUUACAACUUCCCCUGCUGUAUUGGCCCUCAGACGGGAGUUCUACAUAGGUUUGAAUCUACUCACGGUCGCCGGUUUUAAUCCCCACGACAGAAUAAGAUAUGUGGAUCAUAUUGCAUCACCCAGUCAAAAAACCUACUGGACUACUGACCUUAUGGAAUACGCGCUUCGACUGAUGAUUACACGACCUGGAUUUGACAUAAUUAGCCUCAUGCAAUAUCUUACUUAUCCUGGUCCCUCUGGUAAAUGCUCAUAUGAUGUUAUGACGUAUGAUGCCUACGUGUACACCGAUAUGGGAAACAAGACGCCUGUGUGGUUUUCUCUUUUCAGACGUGUUUGUCGACGCGGAAUCAGUCCAGCCUAUGCAAACUCUGCCAACCGAUUGAUCGACGUGCUGGAAAUUCUAGAAAAAUCAGGCUUUUUUAAGCAGGAUGUAAUGCCACAUGGACCUGUGGCUUACAAUGUUGGACCAGGGCGCUGUACACUGAAACGCCAUCAAUUGCCACAGCGAGUUUCCUCAUCCGAUAUUCGACUACUGCCACCCGCCGAGGCUGCUGAGGCAAUGCGGGCGAUCGCAGUCGAUCGAGAUGAAUGUUUCGUAUUCAUGGUCAUCUGGCUCAAUAGAUUGAGGAACCGAUGUCUUACAAAGCCCUAUCAACGACUCGCCAAUAUCCUACUUGCGAGUCUCGUUGAUACACAGAUGCUGGAGGAUUUUAUUGUUCCACCGGCACAAGUAGAUCCUAAAGUAACGCUGUGGCCCCAAUGGAUGGAAUUGGGAACUGGACUUGCUCAACAGGUACCCAAUACUAAUUGGAAGUCGUGUCAAGAUGAAAUAAAUAUUUUUAGUGACGAUGUGUUCGAUUCCUACGCUCUGGAACCACUGCAAGUUAAUGAACUGCGUCUGGAACUGAAAAAGUUGGCAUUUGUUCAAGGAUUCUUGAAUGAAAAAAUUUGCGAAAAAUUGAAAGUAGUAAAAAAGACGCCGAUACCGACUAGUAAUCUAUCUCAAAAACUUGGUAGUACAUCAUUUUUUGCUGGAAAAGCACAAGCAAGAGCUAUGACAGCGUUAUUCUCCACUGAAACCCAUCUUGUUUCUGACGAGGCCAAGCAAAGUGGCGACACCGGAGUUAAUAUAUCAAAUACCUUGUUACAGUCUCACUCAGUGGUCCCGCGACCUCGGAAUGCUUCCUCUGAAGCCUUUAAUCAGUAUCCUUCGGAGGAUCGGAGUGAUUUGAAAGGCCACCAUUCUAGGGCACCACGAGUUGUCAAUCGAUCAAACGCGAAUAACAAUGUUGUAUCGCGACCAAAAACUACAAUGCCAACACAGGAUAAGAAACCGGUAACAAGACGAAGACCACGAUCUGUGAAACCACCCAGUCCCAAACCGGUUCUGGUGGUGGUUAAACAAAAGAACGCCUCACUAACGGCCAAGGAUUCUUCAACGUCAAACAACAAAAGAAAACCACGCCCGAGGUGGCGAAUCUGA